AACUCGAUUGCAAUCGAUCCCCAAAGUGAAACAGAGAAACCGAUCGAAGCAAUAAUGGACGCCCUCACCCGCCUCCACCGCUCGCUCGCCGGCGGCGACGACGAGGAGGGGCAAGAGGAUGACCUUCUCGGUGACACUGAAGACCUCUGCUCCCUGUCCCCUCUCCAGCGGCUCUACUACUUUGCCGCGUGCCUCGCUACUGGACUCGUCCUCAUGAUGCUGUCGCUUAUUGUUUUCGUCAGACCUAUCAAAUUCGCCAUCAUGUUUACAUUUGGAAACAUUAUGGCAGUUGGCAGCACAGUCUUUGUAAUGGGGCUGAAUAAACAACUGAGGAUGAUGUUUGACCCAGUUCGCGUUUAUGCUACAGCUAUUUAUGGUGGAUGUGUUGUUUUUGCUCUAAUUUUUGCUCUUUUGAUUCAUGACAAGUUGCUAACAUUGAUUGCAAUCAUAUGCGAGAUCUGCGCCCUCUUUUGGUAUAGCUUGAGCUACAUCCCCUUCGCUCGAAGAAUCGUUUCCGACCUGAUGGUGAAGCUCUGCGACACUGAACUAUGAUCUUACACUGGACACUGGUCAUUCUCAACAUGGCUGAGCACCUGAAAUCAGAGAUCGGUCCAUCUCCACCGCCCCUGCAGUGAAAGUGUGUCACCCAUUUCCCUUUUGUUGACGAAUGAUGGAUGUAUCAAUCUGUAUAAAUGCUAUGCGAGACACUUCAUUUGUGCAGCUCACAGCUCCUGAAACCUUGAUUCCAUUUUUUUCUUUAUACCACAGAUUAUGUGUAAAUUUGUUUUUCGGAAGGUUCUUUGUAAAUUUGUUGCUGCAAAACUCAGCUAAAUCAAAUUAUGUGUAAACUUGUUAUUUCUGUACACCCCAAAAGUUCUAGUCAUUUUUCUACAGUUAUU